AGGUGCUGAUUUCAGCCCUGUAGCGUCAGGAUUGCGUCAAUUUGGGUUUCAACCACGUCUUCAGUCUCCGAGCUGAGCUACUCAGAAAAGCCAAAACAGGAAGGGGGUUGCAAAUCAGUGAGCAAAGGGGAGGACCGAAGCUUCCCCUCCCCCGUCUUCUCCAGUCCCCUUGCAACCUCCUCCUUCACCUUCCCCACUAGCUCUUGUCUCCGGGUCUUGUUUGUUGUUGUUGUUGUUGUUUUCUUUUUUUCUUUCUUUUUUUCUUUUUUUUAAUAAAAGCCCUACAAAAAACACGCUGGAAGAGGCGCUUGCCCGGGUGCCGUGAGAGCGCAGAGCAGGGGAACAGCAGGGCAGCGCAUUCAGCGCUCUGGGUAGGUCUCCCGGCACUCUGGGAGGAGGCUCCCGCGGUCCGGACGGAGGCUCCAGCACCGCGGACAGCGGCUCCAGCACCGCGGACAGCGCACGCCGCCAACAUGGCUCCGAUCGCGGCCAGCCGCCAGCAGUUCGAUGAAAUUCCUACAGUGGUUGGGAUCUUUAGUGCAUUUGGCCUUGUCUUCUCUGUCUCCCUUUUUGCUUGGAUCUGCUGCCAGCGUAAAUCUUCCAAAUCCAAUAAGACACCUCCGUAUAAGUUUGUCCAUGUUCUGAAGGGGGUUGAUAUUUACCCUGAGAAUCUCAACAGUAAGAAGAAGUUUGGAGCAGAUGAUAAAAGUGAAUCAAAGAACAAGUCAUCUAUGCCAAAGAAUUCUCUCCAUCUUGACCUGGAGAAGAGAGAUCUAAAUGGCAACUUCCCCAAAGCAACCCCUAAAAUCCAGAGCUCUUCAGAUCUUGAAAAUUUGUCUCCUGAGCACUUUGCAGAAAGGAAGAAAGAUUCAGUAUCCCCUGACAGUUUAAAGUCAAUCACUUCCCUGUCUUCUGAAGAUAAACAAGACAAGCUAGGAACCCUGUUUUUCUCCUUAGAGUACAACUUUGAGAAAAAAGCAUUUGUAGUGAACAUCAAAGAAGCACGUGGGCUGCCAGCAAUGGAUGAGCAGUCAAUGACUUCCGAUCCUUACAUUAAAAUGACCAUCCUCCCUGAAAAAAAGCACAAAGUGAAAACCAGAGUGCUGAGAAAAACUUUAGAUCCAGCUUUCGAUGAAACUUUCACAUUUUAUGGGAUCCCCUAUAGCCAAAUUCAAGACUUAACACUUCACUUUAUGAUCUUGAGCUUUGACAGGUUUUCCAGAGAUGAUGUCAUUGGAGAAGUCCUCAUUCCCCUCGCAGGAAUUGAACUGUCAGAAGGAAGACUGCUAAUGGACAGAGAGAUCAUCAAAAGAAAUGUUAGGAAAUCAUCUGGGCGUGGAGAAUUACUGAUCUCCCUCUGUUAUCAGUCUACAACAAACACGCUUACUGUGGUUGUUUUAAAAGCCAGGCAUCUACCUAAAUCUGAUGUGUCAGGAUUAUCAGACCCUUAUGUCAAAGUGAAUCUGUACCAUGCUAAGAAGAGGAUUUCUAAAAAGAAAACCCAUGUGAAGAAAUGCACCCCUAAUGCAGUGUUCAAUGAAUUGUUUGUGUUUGACAUUCCUUGUGAGGGCCUUGAUGAUAUCAGCAUUGAAUUUUUGGUCUUAGAUUCAGAUAGGGGGUCAAGGAACGAGGUUAUUGGCCGGUUAACCUUGGGAUGCUCAGCUGAAGGAACAGGUGGGGAGCACUGGAAAGAAAUUUGUGAAUACCCUAGGAGACAAAUUGCCAAAUGGCAUAUGUUGUGUGAUGGUUAGCAGCUUAGAGAGGGGUUGGAACUUGAAGAACUACAUAUAUCCAUAGGCAAGGAACAGUUUUAUUUCUUUAUUAUGUAUAAUUACAAGAUUUUUUUUAGGGAGGAUUGGGGAGUAAAAACUGGAUUGAAUUUUCAGACCAGAAGGUAAUUAAAUUUUCACAGCAAAUAAAGGAAUUUAUAUUUCAUUAAUUUUUAAUGUAAUUGGAUCAGAUUUGUAUUCUUUUAGAGUUUAAAUAGCCUGAAACUUUUGAAGCACUAUAAACUCAUUAAAAUCAGACUAUGUUUUAUGAAAAAGUCACUGAAAACCUUAUUAAUACUGCUAUACAGAAGAUAACCUCACUGAAAUAUAUCUAUAGAUCUUAAAACACCACCUGUGGCUUACUGGGGAACUGGCUGAGUCUGCAAAAUCCAUGGGGAAUAAGGGUGAGCAGGAGGGGAAUUCCUUCUGCCUCUCCAUCAAAAACCUUCUUUUAUGAAAAUUCAAUCAUUAUUUGUAAGGUUUUGUUACUUAUACUUUGAUCAUCCCAAAGACUUAAGAGAUUUUCAGCAAUUUGCUUUACAUAUCGCAUUAUGUGCAACUAGUUGUUUUAUGUGUAGAAAUACUCUAUAAUUACUGAAUUUUUUAACACACACACACACACACACACACACGUAUAACUUGUUUUAUUACAGUGAACAGAAUAGACACAUUCUACAAAUCAUUGAGUAAGUUAACACACAUUGUUUUGCUAAAAGGGCUCCUUUACGGGUGACUGUACAUGUUACAGUAUAGCUAGAACUUGAGUUUAUAUAUGGCUUGGUUUUUUUUUUUCCUCUAGCAAGGAUUACAAUCUAAGCAUUUCAAGCCAUGGGAAAGCAUUUCAGUUUAGAUGAGGUAACAUACAGCAUAUUACAGUCAGUGAUUUUUCAUCAAUCAUAUUUUAAGAAAUUCAGUAAUACUUAAAGAGAAGUUGUUUCUUCUUUUGCUUCAUUUAAGAACAAACAAAAUAGUAAGACAGAGAAUGAAACCUGACUCUGCUGUUUCACUUCCCAAACUGUGACUAAUACCAUUACAGUCAGUAAGACUACUCCCAACAUACAAAGUUUAAUAUAUUUUUUAAAUUUUGCAGGAUAGAAAAGCAAGGUCACAUUAUAACUUAUCCAAUACUAUGUUAGACAAAAGACUUGAAAAGCAUGUUUCACUUAGAUUUUAUGCAUCAAUGUCCGUUUCCAAUUGUACUGAAAACUGAUGGUGGUAAGGGAAAAUAACAUGCUGAUUUAAUGUUAGUGUGACAUCACAUAUACGUUUAAACUUAAACUGCAUCAGGCUGGGGGAGUAUCAAGUCUAACAUAAGUGUAUGAAUUGUUUACCUGUGAAAUUUACUCUUGGUCCCAUCAGAUAAAUUUUUAGGCUAUCGGAACUACAGCACAAGUAUAAGCAGAUUAUUUCCUAAAGUUUGUACACUGAUUUCUGAUACAGAAUUGUUUGCAGACAUUACUCUUACAUAAUUUUCAGUUACAAUACACAUAAGGAAGAAUAUAAUGAUGCUAAUUGUUGACAUCAGAAGGAUUUAAAAAGUGGGAAAUCAUUUUCGGUAUUUUCGCAUACGUCAUUUUAUUGUAUAAAUGGAUUAACCCACUGAAGUGAAUGGGACUAUCUGGAAAUUAAGGUACUGCUCAAUGAGAGUAAAAGUAACAGAAUGGACAUGCCAGGUAAAAAAACAUACAUCAGAUGUCCAAUUACUUUCAUUAAACAACAGAUACAUGUCCUAUUCAGAACUAUUGGGGAUUUGUUGUCGACUUUACCUGUUCACAUAUAGCUAAAUUAUGUUUGCAGGAAAGGACACUGAAAUAUGAAAUAUGCAAGUAGACAAAUAGUACUGGAAGAAUUCCAUUGAGGAUCUUCCGGGUUUUGUGUCGGUAUUUUCUCCAGUUUUUGAGAAUGUGUUUGAUAUAACAGUGUUUAUAAAUUUCUGUAAAAAUACAUUUUCAAAAUAACAUAAACAUGCUUUUUACGAUAAUGCUCAAUGUAAAAAAUCCCUGCGUAUUGUAUGUAUAAAAGAGAGGAAUCUUUUUUGAUUAUUUCUUUAGAAAGCUGACUAACUGCUUAAGGGCUAGAGUUUACCAGCCACAUUCAAGCAGAGCUAAUCCAAAGCCACCAAAUCAAAGGAAAGAUGCCUACAGACUUCAGUAGUGUUUGAAGUACAAUCACAGAGCAAAACUCUUCUUGUGAGUCAACCCACCAAUGUCAAUAAGAGAAUUGAUACUAUUUGAUCUAAAGGAGACUGGGAAAGCUUAAGUCAGUACCACACAACUAGAGUAGCUACAAUUUCUAGGAAGAAAAGAACUUUCUACUGAAAGUGAUUGCAUGAAAGAGUUGGAGAACUUGUAAUUAAAAAAAACUGAGGUUUUGUAUGUUAGCCCGUAAGUAGUAUGUUAUCUCUAAACAACAGAUGAAAGGAGUCAUAUGCCUCCAAUGGACAUUCUGACAUUAGGAGAAAAAAAAACCUCCACCUUUCUGAAUUAAUGAUGGGCUGUGACCACCUUUCAUUUUGCAUCUAACAAGUUGUCACCAAUUUUUUUCCAAGUUUCUAUAGCAGUUUAAGGGUUACUAUUUCUACCAGCUAAAUGACAGUUGUUGUUGGGGAUAGGGGAUAGGAAUUGAAAAGAGAAGAAAAUACAUUAUAAUUAAGUCUAAAAGAACCCUGUAAAUACAGCUUCAUUUAAAGCAAUGCUUAGCUUGGAAAUUUGAGUAAAGAUGACUUGUAACGCAUCUCUAAACCAGACAGGGCUGGAGUGAAUGUGGACCUGUAUUGAGAUGAGGAAUUCUGAUGUUUUAUAAAGUAUUCAAUUCUCAUUGUGAAUAUCUUGAAUUCUGUUAAGGAUACUGUACUGUAUUAAACAUGUAAAAAAUGAUGUUUGUCUAACUAGCUUACAAAAAUAAUAACUCCUUGAAUGUGAGACUAUCCAUGUCUGGGAGAUCUGUCGUAACUAAAUACCUGAUUUGUUAUGGUGUUGUAACUUAAUAGAAGCUAUUCAAGAGGAAGCAUGGUGUAUGAGAUUUUGUAAGUAAGUUAUUUGUGCUGGUUCUGUAUGUUGUGCCCAUGUGUGUAAGAUAAGAAUAAACUGCAGCUUUUGUUCAUCCCAUCCCAAAACAAUUAUCACAUCAAUGUAUCUUUUCAGAAGA